CUCACAUCCUUUGAAAAAAGACUAUCCUCUGUCCCAAAUACUACCUAUGGUAAAUCCAACGAACUGCAUUCAAUAGUCAAUCAGGAAAUACUAGAUGAUCAUAAUAAUAAUGAAGUUGCCUCCUAUCACAUUAAGUAAAUUCCUGAAUCUUGUAGGAGUUUCGUUCCUGGACCACCUUACUGCUAGCACACGACGUCGAACUAUCCCUCCUAGAGUGACAGAAUCUGAAGGUUCAAAGGAGGUAUACCGUAGCUCAGAUUUAGUAAAGGCGAUGGCCAUAUCCAUGCAGGAUUUAUAUUCAUACAGAGAGGCGUGUCGACUGUUAAAGCAAUCGAUUGAUACCAGCCGGGCAUAUGCAGAGGAACAAGAGAGGAGAAUGAACAAGAAAAAUCCAGAGUAUUUCCGGGAGUUUCGUGAGAGUGACUCAGAGAUCAAGGAGCUUAUAAAGGAUCAGUUCAGGAUGGUUAAAGUUUAUUCAAAAUUGGAGACCAGUGCGGCUUUUAAUAACUGGAAGUCUGAUCUCUUGAAAAUGGAACAAGAAACGCUGAAGCAGCAUCUAGAUGGACUCAAGAAGGACAUUAUGAACCUCAGCGGGUUGGCGUCAACGCUUGCAAAGGAAAAGGCAAAGGUGAUACCAAGGCGCGAUGAGCUUCGACAGCAGUUAGAAGAAGCCACUCAGCGGCAACACGGCUAUGAGUUAGUUGACAAGGAGCAAUUGGCCAAUCUUGCAGAGGCAGCAGAGGAGCAGGGAGCACAAAUUGAGCACUAUGAGUCUGUCAAAGAUAAGAAAGCAAAAGAGCUAGCAGAGAUCAGGGCACGAGUGGAACAACUUCAGUUAGUUGAAAAGACAACCAAGGAAAGGAUCAUAGAGGCAGAAAAGACAGUUCAGAAACAUCAGUAUGUACGUGUGGAAGACCUCAAUCGGGCAAAAGAUACUCUGAGCAUCAUCCAAGCAAUCCAUCGAUGGGAACCAGUCCAGCUCCAACAACUUGCUCAGCCUACAGCAGGGUUGCAACGUCUGAACAAGCCGCUGGAGUUUAUCUAUGACAGGACAUUGAAAGUGACCAUUGAUAUCACUAAAAUCGGGAAGGAUCCUAAUGCGGUCCAAUUAUCUGAAUAUCUGGACGGGAACACUAUGGAUUUUAAUCAUGUCUCUCAACAAACCGAGCGAAGACGACCACGACUUGCAAUCUUGGCACUGAUGCCUAAAAAGCCAAAGCCAGUUAAGGAGUAUGCAGGUCUCUUACGCGACUUUACAACGAUGAUCGCGACCAAGUAUAAGGCAGGGACAGCGAUCAGCAAAAUCCUGAAUGACAUUAGUCAGUUUUGGCAAAGGAUUAGUUUGAUCCGACGGGACGUGGAACUGGUGCGGGUACAUCAUGUCGUCGAUCUUGUAGCUGGAUCUGUAGAGAAUCUCAAGGAGCUGGAAGGAAGCAAUGAUGAUACCAAAAGCGGUGGGAACACAGCCAAUAAUAUUCAAUGCUCAAAGCGGCAAAUCGCUGGAUCGACAGUGCCGAUCGUUGUGCUCGAUAUUCGGGUUCGAUUCACAGGACCGAUUAUUGGUGGUAUUAGUAGUAGCGAUAAUGCAGGGGGAGGCUCAAAGAGCCAUUCAUCAGAUCAUAAUUAUACUGUGGACCAGGAUAUAGAAAUGGAUGAUACCAGUUCGAACGCUGGUAUGGAUAGAAAUGAAGACGUGAAUGGUAAAGACCGAGGUCAACCUCAAGGUCAAGGUCGAGAACAUGAGCCAAGUAACGAUGACAUGAGUCGUAGCAAUAAUAAGGAUAUGAAUCAUCCCAGUCCUAGCGAUUCAAGCCGGAGCAGGCGUGAUCAUGGCAAGGACUUCAAGUCUGUGAAUGAGCCUGUCAAGUUUUAUCUAUGGUUCACAUUUACAUUGAAUGACAUUUUGAGCUUUCCUGGACCGAAUUCGUUCACAUGGCGACUGGAGAUGGUCUAUGGAAACAUGGAUGAAGAGUAUGUGGCUCAAGCGAUAGGACCCAUCAUCAAAAAGGGUGGAUACGAUGUAUUGCGAGAAACAUGUCUUAAGGUCAAUCAACUCUUAAGGAUCUGAUCAUCAUGUUCAAACUUUUAUAUAUAUACCCAAAGAAACAGGCAAGAAAUUGCCAACAAUCACUGUUGGAAUGUUGUACUUGUCUCUCCUGAUCGUAAAAGAGA